GUUACCCUCACUGUACAUGUUAAACCUACACCUGAACUCACAUCAAGCCUUACAGGAGCUGCACUGGUGGGAAACCCAGUGACUCUGCACUGUAAACUGGACCAGUCUACUGGAUGGAGCUUUUACUGGUCCAGACACACACAGAACCCUGAGAAUGAGACCAACACUGCAGCAAACUCCUACAACAUCAGCUCAGUGGCGCCCUCUGAUGGAGGCCAGUACUGGUGCAGAGCUGGUAGAGGAAACCCAGUCUACUACACAAACUACAGUGAUGUACUCUGGUUAAACCUUACUGGUCAUGUUAAAGCUGUUGUGAGUGUAAGUCCUGAUAAUCACGUGUUCAGAGGAGAGACUGUGACUCUCAGAUGUGACAUACAGGGAGAAGGAGACACUGGGUGGACAUACAGCUGGUAUAAGAAUAACUACAGUAUCUACCCAAACGUCACAUACAAUCCAUACAUGAUCAGCUCUGUUACACAGUAUGACAGUGGUACAUACACCUGCAGAGGGUACAGGGAAAGAGACUCUCAGAGCUCAGAGAUCAGUAAUGCUGUUACAUUAACUGUGUCAGAGAGAGCCCAGGCAGUACUGAAUGUGUCUCCACAGAGCUGGCUGACUGAAGGAGACUCAGUGAGUCUAAGCUGUGAGGUCAGAGACUCCUCUACAGGCUGGACAUUCAGCUGGUACAGAUCUGUUCCCUACAGAGAAUGUUUAACUCCAGUAACACACAAUCAUAGCUAUGUGAGGUAUUGUGUUGAGCUCCUCUCAGACAGCAUCAGAGGAUCUGGAGGCUCCUACACUCUCAGUCCUGCUGCUCAACAUCACACAGGAGUUUAUGUGUGCAGAGCAGAGAGAGGAGAACCAGCCUAUCAGACACAGUACAGCAACACACAGCCACUAUGGAUCACUGGUCUGUCUCCUCCAGUCUCUCUGAUCAUCAGUCCCAGCAGAACUCAACACUUUAGAGGUGACUCUCUCUCACUGAGCUGUGAGGGACAGAGUGACUCUACUGGAUGGAGAGUGAGACGAUACACACACAGUCGGAGGGUGUCAGAUUGUUCAUCACUCUGGGGAUCAGUUACAGGAUCUACAUGCACCAUCAGAUACCUCUACACAAUACACAGUGGAGUGUACUGGUGUCAGUCUGAAUCUGGAGGGAGCAGCAAUCCUGUUAACAUCACACAGAAAUAG